AUGAAGAGAUUUAAUAAUGUAUUUGAUACUUCGGAAGAUGAUGAUGUAGAAAAAGACAAAUCGAAACCAUUGCUAUCGUUUAAACCACCACCAACGUUUAAACCACCGACUACAGCUUUUUCAAUGCCAAAACAACAAUCACCUGUAUUUCAAUUGAAUCAACAACAACAACAACAACAACCUUUAAAGAAACAUAAAGCGUUAGAUGAUUUCAAUAGUAAUAUAUCACCAACAAAGUCAAAAGUAGAUGAAGAUGAAGAUGAAGUAGAUCCUCUCGAUGCAUUUAUGGAAAAUGUACAUAAACAAGUUCAAACAAAUGCAGCAGCAGCAGCAGUAACCACUCAAAACCAGAGUACCAGAGCAACAAGAGACGAUAUCGAAGAAGAAGAUGAAGAGGAAAAGUUCUUUAAGCUAAGAAAACAACAGAUUGAAAAUCAACCUACAAACAACAGCAGCAGCAACAACAGCAAUUUAGAAGAUGAUGAAGAUUACGAUCCAUUAUUAUUACAAGACUCUGACGAUGAAGAUAAUCCAAAGAGUGGUGGUGGUAAUGGUGGUGGGGUUGGUGGUUAUAAGAAAAAGACUAUUAUAGAACCACUACCACCAUUAGACCAUUCAAAGAUUCAGUAUUUCGAGUUUGAAAAGUGUUUUUAUGACGAGUGUUCGGACAUUGCAAACUUGUCGACUGAGCGUGUGUUUGAGCUUCGAAAAGACUUGGACAUUAGAAUCAAUGGAAAAGACUUGGUGAAUCCAGUGACAUCGUUUGGUCACUACGGCUUUGACAAUCUCUUGAUUCAAUCGAUACAGAAGCAAGGCUAUGAAUCACCGACCUCCAUCCAGAAGCAAGCGGUUCCCAUUGCUCUGAGUGGGCGUGACUUGAUCGCCAUUGCCAAGACCGGCUCGGGAAAGACCGCUUCAUUUAUAUGGCCUGCCAUUCCGCAUAUAAUGGACCAGCCAUAUCUUGAGAAGGGUGACGGUCCGAUUGCACUGUUCGUUGCGCCAACACGUGAGCUCGCUCACCAGAUCUAUUUGGAGACACAAAAGUUUGCGAAACCCUACAAGAUAAGAACGUCCGUCAUCUAUGGUGGUGUUACCAAGUUGCUGCAGUGCCGAGAGCUCAAGGCUGGCUGUGAGAUUCUGGUGACUACGCCCGGACGUCUCAUCGACAUGAUCAAGCUGAAAGCGACCAAGAUGAACCGAGUCACCUACUUGGUACUAGAUGAAGCCGAUCGUAUGUUUGACAUGGGAUUUGGUCCGCAAGUACAAUCGAUCGUCGGUCAAAUUCGGCCUGACCGACAAACUCUAUUAUUCAGUGCGACAUUCCCACCAAACAUCGAAGAACUAGCGAGAAAUAUAUUAAUAGAUCCAAUUAGAAUAUCAAUUGGAAAUACUGGAAGUGCAAAUCAAGAUAUCACACAAAAUGUUAUUGUUUUGAGUUCGAAUGGUGAAAAGUGGAAUUGGUUAAUUCAAAGACUACCAUCAUUAGUCAGUCAAGGCAAUGUAAUUAUAUUUGUAAGUACAAAGGUAGCUGUCGAUGAGCUAUCUAUGAAUUUAGUAAAGUUUGGAUUCCCAAGUGAAGGACUACAUGGAGAUAAAGAUCAGCAAGAGAGAACUAUGAUUAUAAAUAAGUUUAAGGAUGGAAGUGUCCCGAUAUUAGUAGCAACCGAUGUAGCUGCACGUGGACUCGAUAUCAAUUUAAUUAGGAAUGUCGUUAAUUUCGAUCCUUCUCGUGAUAUCGAUUCACACACUCACAGAAUCGGUAGAACAGGUCGUGCAGGUACUCAAGGUAUUGCAUACACACUCAUCACACCAAAAGACAUCCACUUCUCUGCCGAGUUGGUAAAACACCUUGAAGAAGCCAACCAAAUAGUACCACCUGAAUUAAUCUCAAUUGCAAUGAACAAUAAUCAAUUUAGAAGAGAAAGAUCAGGAGGUGAUAAUAAUAGAAGAGGUAAUAGGAGAGGUGGUGGUGGCGGUAGAGGUGGAAGAGGUGGUAGAGGUGGACGUGGCAGAGGUUCCGGUAUUGGAUAUAGAAAUAGUAGCAACCCCUAUAUGGAUAGUAGUAGUGGUGGUGGUGGUGGUAGUGGCGGAUCAAACUCAAAGAAACCAACGUUUGUACGGGCAAGUGAUAAUUCAAAUAUAUCAAAUUUCGAUAAACAAGAAGAAGACGAUCUUUAUGACUAUUAA